ACUCACCUCGGACGUGCCCGCGGAGCCCGGGAGAGGAGGCGGAGCCGCGGGAAUGAAUGGAGCCGGUGACUGCUCCCUGGCGACCCCCAGCCGGUCGGGCUGCGCUGCUCGCGGCUAGCUGGGCGGAUGCGGCCGUCUCCCCUUCGCUCCCGACGCCGGGCUCCUGGUCGGCGGGUCGGCCGCAGCCCACCGAGCCCUCCGCUGGCGUGACGCACUCGCGCCGCAGCGCCUCGAGCCUUUGCAGCCGCGCUGCGCUGCGCCGCGCCCCCCGCGAAUCCCCCCGCCCGCCCGCGCCGUGCGGCCCCUCCUCGGCGCCCGGGACGCCACCCUGUCUCCCUCCGGGUCUGGCCGCCGGGCAGGUGCGGGUUCCGCCAACGUGGGGCAGCUACAGGGCCCCCGCCUCGCCCCUGCCGCCCCCUCUGUCCGCCCCGGCAGCCGUCACAAGGUGCGGCGCGACGCCCCAGCCCAGGAAUCUAGUACAAGCGAACUAACCCUGACCCAAAAGGACGCCAGCUCCACCCUCCCUUUCCUCCCCUUUCUCUCUCAACUCUCUUCAUCCGCCUUAGUGCCCAUGGCCCUUUGCUAAUUACACUCCUACGACCGAAGAUAAGCUCUGAAGUAUUUAAAGCAUGGUAGAUUUCUCGAAAGUAAUGCAUGUCAUGGUUUAAAUUAUGUUUCAUGAAUGUAUUGAGGAAGAGUAUUGUAUGCAAGAAAUGUUAAGACUUCCUUUUAUAGUGCAUAAACUCUGGAAAAUAAACGCAGCUCAUCCAGUAAAUUGAAAUUGCUUCUUGGAAAUAUUUAGCAAUCACAAUAAGAGUCUUUAACGAAUUUACUUCAAAGAAUACUGGUUGAUAGCAUUUUAUUAGACUCGGGUUUUUUAAAAAAAUCAAAUAGGCUUUUUUAUCUCUAGUUGCUCAUAAGCACAACUGUUACUGUUUAAUUUGUAAAAUUAACCGAAAUCUUAAUCUUAUACAUUAAACAUUUGUCAUUACCAUUAACAAUGAACUAACUAGACUUAAUUAAGCAGGAAUUUUUAAUAUAGUUGGGUUUUAUUCAAGCAAACUUCGAAAGGCGGGAGGGAGUGAUAGGGGAACUCAAGAGCUGAAGAUUUUAGCUUCAAUAAUAGUUGACAGGCUUAAGUGAUUAUUGCCUGUAGAAAGCUGUUAUUCCUGGAACUAGAAUGCAUGACCAGUGACUCCAGAGGUCACAAGGAAAUUCAACCUUGUGCCACAGGGUGUCUGCAAGCCAUGGAGAUGGUAUUUGAGCCAUUGUGUUCCAGGGAGGGAACAUCUGCCACUGAGGUGAAGAAUUAUUGAUCAACAGAUAAAGAAGUACAGUGGUACCUUUGUACUCAUCAUUAAUUUAUUCUGGAAUUUGUACAGAGUGCCAAAACUGGAGUAUGGACUAGUGAUGCAUUUUCUCUUGCAGGGCAGCGUUGGGACUCAUAUGGGUUCUAGCAAGUGCAACUGUCCCAAACUAGCACCGUCAAACUGCAAGGAGUACAGGGUUUGACCAGUUCUGAGGCAGAGAGUACUGAGGUAUGACCUUACUAGGAAAAUCCCAGCCUGACUACAACUCGUAUCCAAUUAACCUUUUUUCCAAACCCCUUUCCUUCUCCCUAUAAGAACAUUGGCUUGAGAUGAGAUGUUGAGAUGGUUUUUGAAGGGACAUAACCCUCAAAAUCUUCUGGAUUGCCAGCAUCUGAAUAAAGCACCCAUAAAAAUUCAA